UAAAUAAUAGGCAGGUUUGGAAGGUAGUUAGGAGAGCCCUCUCUCGGUUUGAACUCCAAUAGGCCCAUAGUUAAGGUGUUUGCUUUCUACAGACUCCCUCAGAGCUUUACUGAAUUGUUGAUAAAUUUCCAUUGAGUGGUUUGGGAAUGGAAUAGAGGAUGUUUGCAACAGCCAUCAGAUGUUUGUCAAGAAGAGCAAGGCCCAGAAUAAGACCAACUACGUCUGUGGAACCAAACAUUCCUCUACAAGACCGCCAAAUUGUGUGUCGAGUAAUAUAUGACAUAGUGAGGGAGUAUGGCCCUCUUCCCGUUGCGCAAGUCUGGGAUCACGUCGAGGUAGCUGGGUUAAGAGCUCUAACCAGUAAAAUGCAAAUGAAGUCAAUGCUAAAAUGGAUGCGGGAGAAAAAGAUGUUGAAGAUAAUAUCCAAUCCUGGAGGAUCUUGUUUGCCUUGUUUGUAUUCCCUUGGGUAUAACAAGCCUUAAAAUGUUCUUGGCAAAUUGGAAAUUCAGAUGUCAAAUAUUGUCACGAAUGAGUUUGUCACAGGAGACUGCAAAGAUCACACUUGCCAUUGAAUCUGGGAAACCAGUUUUUACGCUCCUAUUCUCACUGAAUCUGCAGAGAGUAAUUUUCUAGCUUGUUGAAUGUAAACAUUUUUUAAUUGAAGUCAAUACCAAAUAGAGCUAAUGUCUUGAAUUUCGUUAAA